CAGAAGCAGGCAGCCACCUCCUUUACACCGGGACACUGAGGAGACUGUAGCUGGGAAAAUGGCUGGGCCAAAACCACGUAUCAUUACUCUGACCAAGCGAGAGGGUCAGGGCUAUGGUUUCUACCUCCGAGUGGAGCACGGCGAGGAGGGUCACCUGAUCCGAGCCCUGGAGAUGGGCGGCACGGCUGAACUGGCCGGUCUGAAAGACGGAGACCGCAUAGUCAGAGUCAAUGGAACUUUUGUGGACAUUUUGGAGCAUAGCCAGGUUGCAGAUUUGGUGAGAAAGAGUGGGAUGAGCGUCACAUUGCAUGUCCUUGGAGAAGAGGCAUAUAAGACUGCCAAAGCCAACGGUGUGAAUCUUGCUGACACUCAGUCCCAGUCAGGUCAGAGCCAGCCCACCAUGAAUGGAGUGUCUGCACCAGCCGCUAAAGCCAAGCUUUGUUAUCUGCAAAAAUCCAGCAGUGGAUUUGGUUUCUCUUUAAAGUCCACCAAAGGUACUAAGGGCAUAUUCAUGACAGAAGUGAUGUCUGGAGGAGAAGCUGAUCAGGCUGGUGUGAAGCUUGAUGAUCGUAUAGUGGAGAUAAACAGUGAGAAUGUUGAGAGUCUCUCACAUGAUAAGAUUGUGCAAAAGGUGAAAGCAGCCGGGGACAAAGUGAUGCUUCUGUUAGUGGAUGAGGAUGCUGACAAAUUCUUCAAAGGCAAAGGCAUUCGACCAAGCACGGCUCAUGCCACUGUCAAGCACCUCCCGCAUAAGCCACGCAUUGCAGACAUGACCAAGAGAGCAGAUGGCUAUGGCUUUAUCCUGAAGGAAGUUCCUAAACAUGUGGUGAAAGAUGGAGCAGCAGACAGAGCCGGGUUGGAGGAUGAUGACAUUGUUGUGGAGGUGAAUGGGGUGAAUGUGGAAAUGAGCACACAUGAGGAGGUUGUGAACCUCGUCCGCAAGAGCGGGGACACGCUGGUCCUCCUAGUGGCUGAGAGGACGGCCUAUGAUCAUCUGAAAGCACGAGGGAUCGCCAUCACCCCUCAGCCGUUGGAUAAAGAGCCCUCCGCUGAUGUCCCGGCACCAGCCUACGCACAGGAGGACAAGAGGAAAGAUACAGGAAGUGACAACGAAAGGCCGGCCACUCCACCUGCUCAAACCUGGUCAAGGUCAUCGUCGUCUUCAUCCUCUUCAUCGUCAUCAUCUUCAGCAUCAGAUGUGAGUGAGGACGUGAAACUCUGAGCACACCACACUUCUGUACCAACAGAUACUUCCAAUACUGUGAUUUAGUGACAGGUUAAUGCACUUACCUGAUCAGCUAGUACAAUCUAUUAAGAGGGGAAAUGCCCCAUUGAACAAGAGACUGUAAGACCACUGAUUAAAGAAUAUUAUAUAUAUAUUCAAAGCUAUUAGUGACAAUAUCAAAUGUAAUAGAUUAUUUCUGUACUGCUUUCAUUGGGAUCUACAACAACAAUGAUCUAUUUGAACUGACUUUUUUAUGCUUGUGAGUGACACAUGAAAUAUAAAACUGCAAGUAGUUAUGGUCUUUCGGGCAAUGCAUACUUCUUGAUAUAUAAUUUAUUCUACAGAAUGUUUUGUCAUUUUCUCAUG